UGCAUUUCCUUUACCAGCGGGCAGAGAGCCUUCCUUUUCCGAUUCUCUAUUUCCUUUCCUCAUUCGCAAUCUCCGAUCCAUCCCUAAAACCAACUGACGAGAGAUCGAUGAUGAUGAAGAUGCCUUGGAGGAGGAAGAGCAGGAGCUUCCAUCUUCAGCUACAAGGGGCAAUUAGUACCAUUCAAUCUCCAUUUCUAUUCUUAUUUACCAAUUAUUGCCAUUCUUCUACUUCCACACUUGAAGAUGCACGCUUCUUGACAAAUAACUUCAAAUCUGCUUCUUUUACCCGCCUUGAUGAUGCCAUUGCUUCCUUCAAUCAUGUAAUUCAUAAGCAUCCUCUGCCUUCUAGGAUUCCAUUUAAUAGAUUCUUAUCUGCCCUUGUGAAAAUGAAACAAUAUCACACUGUCAUUUCCAUGUCCAAAACAAUUGAAUUGGUAGGAAUCUCUCACGAUGUUUAUUCUCUUAACAUCUUAAUUAAUUGCUUCUGCCACUUACAUCUUGUGGAUUUUGGCUUCUCUGUUUUUGGUAAGAUGCUCAAAUUCGGAUUGGAGCCGACCACUGUGACAUUUAAUACCUUUAUCAAUGGGCUCUGUAGGGAGAGUAAAAUCGAUAAAGCAGUGGAAUUUUUCGAUGAUAUGGUUGCACGUGGUUAUCAACCUGAUGCUUAUACUUAUAAUGUGAUAGUAAACGGAAUGUGUAAAUUUGGGAAAACAAACGUGGCUAUUGGGCUGCUAAAGGGAAUGGCUGAUAGAGGUUGUGAGCCAGAUGUUGUGACAUACAAUGCAAUCAUUGACGCCCUUUGCAAAGAUGAGCUAGUUGGUGAGGCUUUAGAGUUCUUCUCUAAAAUGAGGAAUAAGGGCAUUUCACCUGAUGUCAUCACUUACACUGGUUUAAUUCAUGGUGUUUGCAAAUUAGGCCAAAAGAACCAAGCUUUGGCCUUGAUGAAUGAAAUGGUAGAGCAAAACCUGUUACCAAAUGUUUAUACCUUCAAUGUAUUGAUUGAUGCUCUUUGCAAGGAUGGAAUGGUUUCAGAGGCUCAAAAUACAUUCAUUGUAAUGAUUCAAAGAGGUGUAGAGCCUGAUGUUGUCACCUACAAUUCCUUAAUUGAUGGUCUUUGCAUUUCAGACCAAUUCAAGGAAGCUUUGACCUUGUUAAAAGAAAUGGUGGGGAGGAACAUAUCCCCUGAUGUUUUUACCUUUAAUAUAUUGAUCGACACUCUUUGUAAGAAAGGACUGGUUUCAAAUGCACAAAAUAUAUUCAAGAUAAUGAUUCAAAGAGGUGUGGAACCUACUGUUAUCACUUAUAGUUCAUUGAUGGAUGGAUAUUGUCUAGGCAACCAAAUUGAUAAGGCUAGAAAGCUAUUUGAUCUGAUGGUGACCAAUGACGUAGCUGACAUUUUUAGCUACAACAUUUUGAUCAAUGGAUAUUGUAAGUGCAAAAUGAUAGAUGAUGCAAAGGAUAUUUUUGGUGAAAUGUCUCAUAAAGGUUUAGUUCCUGAUGUUGUUACUUAUUGUACUCUUAUAAAGGGUAUGUUUCAAGCAGGAAGGCCCCAAAAUGCAAAAGAGCUCUUUAAGGAUAUGUACUCUCAUGGUCAACAGCCAAAUAUAGUAACUUUCUCAAUUAUGAUUGAUGGCUUGUGUAGACAGGGGAAUCUUGAUGAGGCACUCACACUAUUGAAAGCAAUGGAGAAAAGUCAGUUGAAGCCUAAUCUUUUGAUCUAUAGCAGUCUGAUCAAUGGUAUGUGCAAGGUUGGGAAGAUUAAUGAUGCCAUGGAACUUUUUUCUAGUCUUUUUGAAAUUGGUUUACAACCUGAUGUUUAUGUAUAUAGUGCAAUUAUGAAAGGACUCUGCCAACAAGGAUUAAUGGAUGAAGCGUAUAAGGUAUUUAAAGACAUGGAAAAGGUAGGAUGUUUACCAAAUAAUUGUUGUUAUAAUAUCAUCAUUCAAGUCUCAAGCAUGAGGAUUUACCAAAAGCAUCAGAACUAAUCAACGAAAUGGUUGAUAAGGGGUUCUCUGCUGAUGCUACUACCACAGAAUUGGUAGUACUUUUAUCGCAGAAUAAUGAUCUCAUUCUAAGCAAACUACAAAAUCGUUCUGAGGCUUCUAAAGCUGUGCAAUGAGGGAUCAGCAAACUAAAGUUGUUAUAUCUUGACCGUUCAAUGGUGUCUUGGAGAGAAACUUGUGGAAACCAUGAUAUGUGUGUGCCUUUCUCUUGAACUCAGACAUGGACUAGAUCUCUUUGGAUAUAAGAUUGUUGAUGAAUGGAGGUAAUAGAUUUCUAAUGAUCAAGUUGCUGUUAAACCCACCAUCUUCCUUACAAUUUUUUUUGGGCUGCUACUACAACCUUAACUCGAGAGCUUAGUCCUAAAAAUGAGUUGAGAACUAAAACUAAUUGAUUCCAUGCUAUAAUGCUUAAGAAUCUUUUUCUAUUUUACUUUUGUGCUCAAUGACCUUUUAAAAUGCUAUCAUUUUUCAGUAAACAUGCUGCAUUAGGACAAUAACUUGGAGAUUUUAUCAUAUAUUUUGAUUUUUACUAGUAAGAAUGCGGGUGUUAAAUCAGUGAACUAGCAGGUGUUAACACCUGCUUUCUGUAUCAUUUUACCAAAGCUACUCAUGCCUGUUUCCGUCCAUUAGAAUUUAACACCUACUAGUUUAUCAUAUACAUGCAUUACUUGUAAUAAGUUUAUGCUCCCAAAAUGAUUUCUAUUUAUUGCUAGUUUAUUACUUGUAGUAAGUUUAUGCUCAAAAUAAUUUCUAUUUAUUGCUCCUUGAGUUAAUACUUAUAACUUGAACUAGAGUUAAUACUUACUCCUUGAGUGCAAAUUUUAACACCUACUUGUUGAGUUUAAGUAUUAAU